AUGGUGUCUUCUCUGAUGGCGGCCAUGAUGCUGCUGAUGGUGUCGGCUGGCUGCGUCUCUGGUGCCGGCCUCCCGAAAGUGGCCUUUGGCGAGAGCGCCAUUGCCGCGAUCGGCACCGAGAUUGACAAGGUGGCCGCGAAGACCGGCACCACUGCGCCCCAGCUCCUGUCUCUCCUCUCCAAGAGCGCCGACCUUGGCUUCGGUCUCGUCAGCAAGCGCCUCUUCUACGCCUGCAAGGGCCUGGCCGCCCCUGAGGGCGCCGAGCCCGGCCCCCAGGCCGCCCCCGGCGACGUCGGCCCCAUCCCCCCCACCAAUGCCGACCCCACCGACCUGUCCCUCGCGUUCAAGCUGCACAGCCGCCCCGGCGCGCCGCGCCGCAUCGUGCUGGACUUCACCGGCCACAUCACCACCGGCACCGGCUGGAACGACGACUACGGCCUCGAUCCCAUCGUGACUCCCCCCUACGACAUCGACGGUGUCCCCGGGUCCUUCAGCAACACCGAGCUUAGCAACAUCAUCUCCAUCUGGCGCGGCGUUGCCGAGGACUUCGCUGCCUUUGACGUGGAUGUGACCACCCAGGAGACAGACGCCAACGGUGCCGACCUCAAUCUUGUCGACAACGGCAUCCGCGCCGUCAUUGGCGGCUCCGCCAACGACUGGUUCGGCGGCGGCGCCGGCGGCAUCGCAUACGUGAACGGGUUUGGCAGCGACUUCCUGGCCCCCGCCUUCGUGUUCCCCGCUCAGCUGAAGAAGGGCAACCCCAAGCACGUGUGGGAGGCGACAAGCCAUGAGGUCGGGCACACCCUGGGCCUGGAUCACGACGGCGAGCCUGGCAUUGAGUACUCCAAGGGUGUUGGCGUCUGGGCGCCCAUCAUGGGGGAUGCCUACAAAAAGAACAUCUCCCAGUUCAGCAAGGGCGAGUACCCCAACGCCAACAACCAGCAGGACGACCUGGCCAUCAUCACCGACCCCACCAAGCAGAUGGUCAACGCCCUGGGCUUCCUCGCCUACCGCGCCGACGACCACGGCAACAGCUUCCUGCAGGCUUCCCCCCUAAUCGGCACCCCCGCGGCCGACCCCGCCCGCAGCAAGUCCGCCGCCGUCGGCAACAUUGAGCGCACCGGUGACUCCGACUGGCUGUCCUUCUCUGCGGGCGCCGGCGCCGGCAGCGUCACCGUCGCUGUCACCCCCCCGACGGUGGCGCUCAACAACCACCGCGCCAACGUCGACCUGCGCGUCGAGGUGCACAACGCCGUCACCGCCGCCGGCGGCGCGCCGCUCGCGACCUUCAACAGCGCCGGCGCGAUCCUGAACGGCACCUUCAACUUCAACCUGCCGGCGGCGGGCACUUACUACAUCUCCGCGACCGGCGUCGGCGACACCGACUACUCCAACUAUGCGUCCCUCGGCGAGUACGGCAUUGCCCUGGAGUACCCCUCUGCCCCCAAGUCGAUCACCUUCUCGCUGGCCAGCUCGACCGUCGUCAAGGGCACGACCCCGCGCGUGGUGCUCGGCACGACGACCCAGGUGACGAGCUACAGCAUAAGCGCCACCUUCGUCGCCAAGAACCAGGCCGGCGCGCCGGUCACCGGCGCCACCGUCACCCUGGGCAACACCUGGGCGUCACCCGGUUCCACCCCCACGACCACCUCCCGGAACGUCACCUACACCACCUCCUCCACCGGCACGUUCCAGAUCUUCCUGUCGCCCAACUCGACGCUGCCCAGCGGUGCCGCAACCCUCACCAUCGACUCGGCCUCGGCGCCCGGCUACACCUACAACGCCACCGGCUCCCAGGUCGCGACCACUUACACUUGGCCCUGA